AUUUAUAAUUUUUUUAAAAUAUUAGUAAACAGCUAAACUUUAAUAAAAUAUCAAAAUUAAAAAUUUGAAUUUAAUUCAACUAUAACAACUAAUAAAAAAUUAUAAAAAUACAAAUAAAAAUAUAUUUAUAGCCACAUGUUAUAUAUUCAUCGCUAAUACUAUAGCUUGGCGACGAAGAACUGUCAUCAAAGCAUGUGAGUUAAACAUUAGCAGGUCGCCAUCAUCAUCGUUCCCAUCCAAAAACGCCAUCGUUUCCUGAAGCCUGGAACUUUUCUUCGCUAUCGGUGGGGACUCCAGGGGAAAGCCAAGGAAAGCAUAGCAGGGCAGCGGAAGCAAUAUGAGUUGGUGUGUUUGGGAGUCUGGACCAAUUGAGCGGCCCAAGCCCAAACUCUACUACCCAGUAUCUUCUUUAUCCCUCUUCGAAUCCUAUACACUCUCGUAUCAAAGCCCUUGUCCUAUCCUCGAUCCCCUCACUCUUUCAACUGGAAUUUUUCUUCAUUUCUUGGUGCCAUUGUUUCAAGAAAUGAAUUUUGCUCGAUUAGUUACUCGUUUGGGUUCCCGAAAUACGUUGGUUUCUUCGUUUCACUCGACAACACCAUUGCCCGCCCACCAUGUAUUUGGAAGAGCAGGGAUGGACUCACUGAACGAGCUCUACCGUCGGAUUUCGCCGGUCGGAGAUCCAAAGAUCUCGAUUGUUCCGAUUCUUGACCGUUGGAUUGAAGAAGGAAGAUCCGUAAAUAAAGAGCAACUCGUAUCCUUUAUCAAGGAAUUUCGCUACUACAAGCGUUACUAUCAUGCCCUUGAGAUUUCAAUGUGGAUGACUGAUAAAAGAUACUUUCCACUUACAUCCGGUGGUGCUGCCCUCCGGCUGGACUUGAUAUCAAAAGUUCAUGGGAUAGAACAAGUAGAGAAAUAUUUCAAUGAUAUUCCGCAACAACUCAAAGCCCUUGAGGUUUAUGGUGCGCUGCUCAACUGCUAUGUUAAUGUAAAAUCUGUUGAAAAAGCAGAGGCAGUAAUGCAGAAGAUGAGGGAUUUGGGUUUCUGUAGGGAAACAUUGACUUACAAUGCAAUGCUUAAUCUUUAUUAUCAAACUGGAAAUUUUGAGAAUCUUGAUGCACUAAUGCAUGAGAUGGAAGAAAAUGGCAUUGCUUAUGACAAAUUUACACUUAGCAUUCGACUAAGUGCAUUUGCAGCUGUUUCUGACAUUGAGGGAAUGGAGAAGACUAUAACAAAGAUGGAAUCUGAUUCAAGGGUUGUUUUGGACUGGGCUAUUUAUGCUGCCGCAGCAAGUGGGUAUACAAAAGCUGGGUUUGUGGACAAGGCUUUGGAAAUGCUGAAGAAAUCUGAGGGACUUAUUACUGGCAAAAAAGAAAAUAGUGCAUAUAACAUUCUUCUGACACAAUAUGCUGCAACAGGGAAGAAAGAUGAAGUAUUAAGACUCUGGGAACUUUACAAGAAGAAAGCAAAGAUUUAUAAUAGGGGGUAUUUUAGCAUCAUCUCUGCUCUAUUAAAGUUUGAUGACCUUGAAAGUGCAGAAAAGAUUUUUGAGGAGUGGGAAUCCCAGAAUCUAACAUAUGAUAUCCGUGUUCCAAAUUUCCUGAUUGCUGCAUAUUCCAGAAAAGGUCAUUUGGAUAGGGCUGAAACAUUUAUCAACAGGGUAGUAUCAAAAGGAGGGAAACCUGUCGCAUCUACAUGGUUUCAUAUGGCACAAGGAUACCUUCAGAAUAAUCAGAUUUCAAAUGCUGUUGAAAUGAUGAAGAAAGCAAUAGUAGUUUCUAAACCCGGGUGGAAGCCAACCAGUGAAAGUUUGGCUUCCUGUCUGGAGCACUUGAAACGGGAGGGAGAUAUAGACAAAGCAGAACAAUUGAUAAAAUAUCUUCUGGAUAAGGAUAUUAUUUCUUUAGAUGUCCAGGAAAGAUUGUUGAAUCGUAUGAAAGAAGAGAAGUGAAGCUUGGUUUCAGUUGGGGUAUUAAAUGAUGAUUAAUUGCUUCAAAAUGGCAACACAUUCGAGUUCUUGGAGCUAGAGGGGGAUAGUAGUGACUAGAUAUCAGAGGAAAAAUGAAGAAUGCAAAUCCGAGAAGUUUCUUUAGUGUGUGAGCAAAAGAAUUGGGGCAGCUUUGGAAUAACUAGGAUGUUUAUUCUGGGAAAUAUACGCAUUAGUUAUGAUCUGGUCCUUGAUAAAAAGCAAGCUACGUCCUGUUUCUUCAUUUCAGAUUAGCAUUGAAAACUGUUAUUUAAUUGCUUAAUCAAAAUGCUUUAAGUUUUUCGAAAA